CUUUGUCGGAACGUAUUUAUUUUAAGUAAAUUGUUUAUCAGAACAAAUCAGAGCCAUGUGUGAUUCAUCUUGUCAUUUAUAUUGUUUGCAUGACACAUGCUUCUGCCAUUCAACUCUACAUUCUUGUUGCAGUCAUUACAAAUACUACAGAUGUUAUUGUCGCUCAUACCAUCGUUCGUGCUGCUGCUAUUUGUGGAGGAGAAAAUGUUACCUUCUUUAAAAUUAUCGCAAAGUUUAAUUUUUUGAGAGACCCAUGUUAAUAGAACUAAUUUUAAGGCGUAAAUUGUAUUUAUAACAGCAUCGUUGUAUUCCUGUUAAGU